GUUCCGGCUCGCGGCAGCGAGUGGCGCUGAGCCGGGAGAGUCUACAGCUCCCGGCCCUCGGUGGCGGCGGGAGGAGUUCUGCGAGGCUACCGCCCCCUCCCGCCCAGGCUCCUCCUCUCUCUCCGCCUCUCUCGUUCUGGCUCUCCAGUCCGCCCGCCCGCCCAAUCCGCAGCCCUCCACCCACCAGAGCCGGGCCGCUUGUCUGGCCGGCGGAGGCUGAGCGCGACCCUAGUGAGCCGUGGCGCCCGCCGACCAGGGACAAGCGCGACUCCUGGGACGCGCUCUGCUUCGCGCCACCGUCUCUUCCCCUAUUGUUUCGGGGACACUCGGGUCGGCGCCGUCCGGGUCGCGAUUCUCCUCCUCUUCCUCCCGGAGGGGAGGGAAAGGAGAGAGCCUAGCGUUUGCUCCGGGAGAGCGCAAGCCGAGGCCCCUGCCGCCGGGGCUCGGGGCUGGAGGAGGUGGAGGCGGAGGCCGAGGCAGAGGGAAGUGCGCGUCACUCCCGGGAGGAGAGUGUUUCACCUUCAAGCGGAGGCUGUGGUUACAGCUGCGUAAAAGCAGCAGCACAGCGGCGGGCACUGGGGCUGGAGGGGCUCCUUGGCCAUGGAGAGGAGAUCCGGACCGGGCGACGCCAGGAGCUCCGCUCAGUCUCUGUGGAUCAUUGCGUAGGCACCUGAGUUAACCGACGCUAGGCGGGGGAGGGGAAGAGUUGGGAGAUCCUGGCAAAGGAGGAGCUCUCUCCUUGAGGACCCGAGGUGCUGCAGUCACUGCACUUUUCAGCAAUAAAUCCAAGGUCCUGACUUCCCUGGAUGCUCUCUGCUGAGGGUUGAUGUGUGUCACCAGACCUCUCCCUGGAGCGGAAACAACUCACUUAAAUUCUCCACAUAAGUGACAGGGUAUCAUGUAUGCCACUGAUUCCAGGGGACACUCCCCUGCUUUCCUGCAAACUCAGAAUGGAAACAGCCAUCGAUCACCUGGUUAUGUUCCAGGGAAGGUCGUUCCCCUGCGUCCCCCUCCUCCUCCAAAGAGCCAAGCUUCAGCCAAGUUUACCUCCAUCCGACAAGAAGCACAGGCAGCCUUUGCAUUCUCACCUGAAGAACAGCAAACACAGAGAGCAAGCCGGAAGCAGAAGCGACACAAGAAUACUUUCAUUUGCUUUGCUAUAACUAGUUUCUCAUUUUUUGUUGCACUUGCAGUCAUUUUAGGAAUAUCCUCAAAAUAUGCUCCAGAUGAGAAUUGCCCAGAUCAAAACCCGCAUCUCAGGAACUGGGACCCAGGACAAGAUCCUGCAAAACAAGUUUUUAUCAAGGAGGGAGAUAUGUUCCGCCUGACCUCAGAUGUCACGGUGAAUUCAAUAGUCAUUGAGAAUGGAGGGCUGCUUGUAUUUGGGGAUGAUAAAGAUGGAUCCAGAAAUAUUACUUUGAGGACUCGUUACAUCCUGAUCCAGGAUGGUGGGGCGCUUCAUAUUGGAGCAGAAAAAUGCCGCUAUAAAUCCAAAGCGACAAUUGCUUUGUAUGGCAAAUCAGAUGAAGGCGAAAGUAUGCCAACAUUUGGCAAAAAGUUUAUUGGCGUGGAAGCUGGCGGGACACUGGAGUUACAUGGGGCACGGAAGACAUCAUGGACGUUGUUGGCAAAGACGCUGAAUACCUCAGGCUUGCCAUUUGGGUCCUAUACCUUUGAGAAGGACUUUUCCCGGGGCCUCAAUGUGAGGGUCAUUGAUCAAGACACAGCCAAAAUUUUGGAAAAUGUGAAGUUUGAUACACAUGAGUACCAAAAUGAGAGCAGGCGACUUGAGGAAUUUCUGAGAGUCCAGGAUCCGGGUCGAAUUGUUGCUAUAGCUGUGGGAGAUUCAGCUGUCAAGAGCCUGUUACAAGGAACUAUCCAGAUGAUCCAGGAAAGGCUGGGGAGUAAGCUGAUCCAAGGACUGGGCUACAGGCAAGCUUGGGCUUUAGUUGGUGUCAUUGAUGGUGGAAGUACUUCUUGCAACGAAUCUGUGAGAAACUAUGAAAACCAUAGUAGUGGCGGGAAGGCUCUGGCCCAAAGAGAAUUUUAUACAGUGGAUGGUCAGAAGUUCUCUGUGACAGCCUAUAGUGAAUGGAUUGAAGGUGUUUCUCUUUCAGGAUUCCGGGUGGAGCCUGUGGAUGGAGUGAAGCUUCACCUGCUGGAUGAUGUUAGUAGCUGGAAGCCUGGAGACCAGAUUGUGGUUGCAAGCACAGACUAUUCCAUGUACCAAGCUGAGGAGUUCACUCUUCUUCCCUGUCCCGAGUGUAACCGUUUUCAGGUCAAAGUUAAAGAAACCCCUCAGUUCCUGCACAUGGGAGAGAUCAUAGAUGGUGUAGACAUGAGAGCUGAGGUUGGAAUUCUCACCCGGAAUAUUGUGAUCCAUGGAGAAAUGGAGGACUCAUGCUAUGCAGAAAAUCAGUGCCAAUUCUUUGAUUAUGAUACCUUUGGGGGACACAUCAUGAUAAGGAAAAAUUUUACUGCAGUCCAUCUCUCCUAUGUGGAAUUGAAGCACAUGGGUCAGCAGCAGCUGGGGCGGUACCCUAUUCAUUUUCAUCUGUGUGGGGACGUGGAUUAUAAAGGCGGGUACAGACACACAACAUUUGUGGAUGGACUGUCUAUUCAUCACAGCUUCUCCAGAUGCAUCACUGUGCAUGGGACCAAUGGCUUACUGAUAAAGGACACCAUUGGAUUCGACACACUAGGUCAUUGUUUCUUUUUGGAAGAUGGUAUUGAGCAGAGAAAUACUUUGUUUCACAAUCUGGGACUCCUUACCAAGCCAGGCACUCUCCUCCCCACUGAUAGGAACAACUCCAUGUGCAUCACCAUGCGAGAUAAAGUAUUUGGAAAUUACAUCCCUGUCCCCGCCACUGACUGUAUGGCUGUUUCAACUUUCUGGAUCGCUCAUCCCAACAAUCAUCUAAUUGAUAAUGCAGCUGCAGGUUCCCAGGAUGCUGGAAUAUGGUAUUUAUUCCACAAAGAACCUACUGGGGAGUCCAGUGGAUUGCAGUUCUUAGAGAAACCAGAACUCACUCCACUGGGUAUAUUUUAUAACAACAGGGUCCAUUCAAGUUUUAAGGCUGGCUUAUUUAUUGACAAGGGUGUCAAAACAACCAACUCCAGUGCCGCUGACCCGAGGGAAUACCUCUGUUUGGAUAACAGUGCAAGGUUUCGACCUCAUCAGGAUGCAGACCCUGAAAAGCCACGAGUUGCUGCUGUCAUCGACAGACUUAUUGCUUUUAAAAACAAUGAUUAUGGAGCAUGGGUGCGAGGAGGGGAUAUUAUCGUUCAGAAUUCAGCAUUUGCAGAUAAUGGAAUAGGACUAACCUUUGCCAGCGAUGGAAGCUUCCCAAGUGAUGAAGGUUCCAGCCAGGAGGUAUCUGAAUCCCUCUUUGUUGGGGAGAGCAGGAAUUACGGUUUUCAGGGUGGUCAGAACAAGUACUUUGGCAUUGGAGGAAUAGACCAGAAGCCUCGGACAUUACCUCGGAAUAGGACAUUCCCAAUUAGAGGCUUUCAGAUUUAUGACGGGCCCAUUCAUCUCACCAGGAGUACUUUUAAAAAAUAUGUGCCAACUCCAGAUAGGUACAGCAGUGCAAUUGGCUUCCUCAUGAAGAAUACCUGGCAGAUAACCCCCAGAAAUAACAUUUCCCUUGUGAAGUUUGGUCCACAUGUCUCUCUGAAUGUCUUCUUUGGAAAACCUGGGCCCUGGUUUGAAGAUUGUGAGCUGGAUGGGGACAAGAACUCCAUAUUCCAUGACAUUGAUGGCUCUGUGACAGGGUACAAGGAUACUUAUGUGGGACGAAUGGACAACUACCUGAUCCGCCAUCCAAGCUGUGUCAACGUGACUGAGUGGAAUGCAGUGGUUUGCAGUGGGACCUAUGCCCAGGUCUAUGUACAGACAUGGAACACACAGAAUCUUAGUAUGACCAUCACACGAGAUGAGUAUCCAUCCCACCCCAUGGUACUCCGGGGGAUUAACCAGAGGGCUGCCUUUCCGCAGUACCAGCCUGUGAUCAUGCUGGAGAAGGGCUAUACCAUCCAUUGGAAUGGGCCAGCACCACGGACUACUUUUCUAUACCUCGUAAACUUCAACAAGAAUGACUGGAUUCGAGUAGGCCUCUGCUAUCCAUCAAACACAAGUUUUCAAGUUACCUUUGGCUUUUUACAACGACAGAGUGGCUCAUUAUCCAAAGUUGAAGAAUAUGAGCCCGUGAACUCACUGGAAGAACUGCAGAGGAAGCAGUCUGAGAGGAAAUUCUAUUUUGACUCCAGCACAGGGUUACUGUUUUUGUAUCUCAAAGCCAAAAGCCACAGGGAUGGCCACAGUUACUGUUCAUCUCAGGGAUGUGAAAGAGUCAAGAUCCUGGCAUCAACAGACUCAAAAGACGUCAGUAAUUGCAUGGCCAAAGCAUAUCCACAGUAUUAUAGAAAGCCAUCGGUGGUCAAGCGCAUGCCGUCCGUGCUCACCAGACUCUGUCAAGGCUGUGGCACUCACCAGGUGGUGUUUACCAGUGAUCCUCACAAGAGCUACCUCCCUGUGCAAUUUCAGUCACCCAGCAAAGCAGAGACUCAGCGCGGAGACCCAUCUAUUAUUUCUGUCAAUGGCACCGACUUUCCCUUCCGAAGCGCAGGUGUCCUCCUCCUCCUCGUGGAUGCGUGCAGCGUUCCCUUCCGGUUGAUAGAAAGAAAGCUUUUCCUUCUUUCUGAUUUCAGUCGCAUGGAAGAGUAUUUGAAAACAAGCAUCCCUCCAAGGUCCAUUGUUCUGUUGAGCACAAGAGGAGAAAUAAAGCGGUUGAAUAUUUCAGAUUCAUUAAUACCUCUGGGAUUAGCCAAACCAGCUCACCUUUAUAACAAAGGGAGUACCAUAUUUUUGGGAUUCAGUGGAAACUUUAAACCAUCAUGGACUAAGCUAUUUACCAGUCCUGCUGGACAGGGUCUUGGGGUGCUUGAAGAAUUCAUACCUUUGCAGCUAGAUGAUUAUGGAUGUCCCAGGGCCGGAAGCAUCCGCAGAAGAGAUCUGGAAUUGUUAAAGCAAGCUUCAAAAGCGCUUUAGAGACUGACUGUAACUUAAGUGCUGGGGGAAAAAAUGUGAACUAACUUAUUUAAUUUAUGGCAUUUAAAAAUGACACUGUUAACCCAACAGAACCGUUUUCUUGUUUGAUACUAAAAGGGGAGAAAAGAGUUUUAAAGGGAUUGCUUGAAUACCAGUUCGUGCACCUUCUAAUUGUACAAAAUGUUUAAGGAUUUAUUUGUCUUGGUAAGGCUGGUGUAUUCAGAGAGCAGUUCUCUUGUUCCUCACCUUGCGCCCUACUAUUUGGUAAUGACCAUAUAUAU